ACCCCACGGUUGUUUAUAGAAAUUAUACUUAGAGUCAACGUUAAGAAAGUGAGCAUUGAAAUGCGUACGGUAAACACAUUGUUGUUGGCGGUGCUUUCCCUUCUCGCCGUAUUUACCACCACCAUACACAGCAAGGAGUGGUGGGAGAACGGCAAUUACUAUCAAAUUUAUCCACGUUCAUUUCGGGAUAGCGACGGCGAUGGCAUUGGAGAUUUGAAUGGCGUUACCGAGAAACUGCAAUACUUAAAGGAUAUCGGCUUUACGGCUGCUUGGCUUUCGCCCAUCUUCAAGUCACCUAUGGCCGAUUUCGGUUAUGAUAUCGCCGACUUCUACCAGAUUCAUCCAGAGUACGGCACCAUGGAAGAUUUCGAAAAUAUGAUCAAGAAAGCCAAAGAGGUCGGUAUCAAGAUUAUAUUGGACUUUGUGCCGAAUCACUCCAGCGAUGAAAAUGAAUGGUUCACUAAGUCGGUCGAUGGUGAUCCAGCAUAUGCCGACUUCUAUGUCUGGCACAAUGGCAAAAUUAAUGAAACCACCGGCGAGCGGGAACCACCCAGUAAUUGGGUGAGCGCGUUCCGUUACACUGCCUGGGAGUGGAAUGAAGUACGUCAGCAGUACUAUCUGCAUCAAUUCGCUAUCAAACAGCCUGAUCUCAACUACCGCAACCCUGCCGUCGUGGCCGAGAUGAAAAAUGUUAUGCGUUUCUGGCUAGGCAAAGGCAUUUCAGGUUUCCGCGUUGAUGCUAUACCCUAUCUUUUUGAAAAAGAGCUGGAUCGCUAUAACAACUACCCUGAUGAGCCCGUAAUCGAUGAUGUCAGCAGCUGUCCUGAUCCAGACGAUGGCUGCCACUUGCAGCACAUAUACACACAGGACCAGCCCGAAACUUUCGAUAUGGUUUACCAGUGGCGUACAUUGGCCGAGGAAUUCAAGAAAGAGCAUGGCGGCGAUACACGCAUACUGCUCACCGAAGCCUACACCAGUUUCGAUAACAUUUUGCGUUUCUAUGGCAAUGGCGUGCUGAACGGCUCACACAUUCCAUUUAAUUUCGAUUUCUUAACAAAUGUUGUGAACAACACAAGAGCGCCAGUGGUGGUGGAGCAUAUCGAGAAGUGGCUGAACUCCAUGCCGGAGGGUGUGUAUGCCAAUUGGGUGUUGGGCAACCACGAUAACAAGCGGAUGGCUUCGCGUUUCGGUGUGCAGCGUGCAGAUCUUUUCAACAUACUUUUGCAAACUUUGCCCGGCAAUGCGGUGACUUACAAUGGAGAGGAGCUUGCUAUGACCGAUGUGUACAUUAGCUGGGAAGACUCUGUUGACCCCCAGGCCUGUAAUGCGAAUCCAACUACGUACUACGCUGUCUCUCGUGAUCCAGCGCGCACACCUUAUCAAUGGGAUGCAUCACCAAAUGCCGGUUUCACCUCGGGUGACCACACAUGGCUUCCUGUGUCCGCUGACUAUAAACAAAACAACGCACUGGCACAGCUACGUGCACCACAAUCGCAUUUACAAGUAUUCAAAAAGUUGAUACGCCUGCGCAAGGAGCCAUCAUUCCAAGAUGGUGAACUCAAAAUCAAAGCGAUCGACGACGAUCUCAUCGUUUACUCACGUCAACAAUCUGGCAGCGACCUUUAUGUGAUCGUGCUAAACUUGGGCGCUACUGAUAAGUCGCUAAACGUAAACGAUCACUACUCAUUGGGUAGCCAAGCAGAGGUGAUCACAACUUCCAUACAAUCGCAAUACAACGAUGGCGACAUCAUCGAUCCUACCACAUUCAAGGCAGAGGCUUAUGUAGGCACUGUCCUAGUCGCGGUUUCGUGAAUUUAACCAAUAGAAUAAGUACAGAGUAUUAUUUUCUUAACGUAAGAUAAGCAACAGCAAUCACUCAUUACAAGCGGACAAAUUAAAAACUAGCUUAAGAUGCAUACACAUACGUAACUACACAUAUAAAUAUAUUAAAAUUUAUUUUAAAAAAUAUUUAAUAAAAAACAAAUGUAAUCCAAUGUCGUACAUAAAGGGUUUUCCAAUAA